AUGCCGAAUGUCAUUACCCAGGAUACGAGGAGCAGGUCGCUUGUCCAUUCGGAUUUAGUGGCCUAUCUUAGCGAUCCCGGGGCAUCCCUAGCUUGUGAAGACAUCGACCAAUUCAUCAAUGGUCUCGUUGCUUGGGUCAAUAGCAGCAAUUUCAAGAUUUCUCUUAAUGGCCUUGAAGUUCUGUGUUUAAUCGUUGAUCGAAUGGGAGAGGAUUUUAAACCACAUGUUGCUAUUGUGCUUCCUUCUGUGAUGGACAGGUUAGGAGAUGCUAAAGACCAGGUUCGUGAUCAAGCACAGAAAUUGCUCCUGAAAUUGAUGAUGCCGGCAUCAUCACCACAAUAUGUAUUUGAGCGCAUGAAUAGUGCCUUUACCCAUAAAUUGUGGCACGUGAGAGAAGGAAUCCUAGUAUGUCUGCAGAACACCAUCAACACAUAUGGUGCUCGUAGUCUUCAACUUAACAAAGCUGUCCCUUCUAUUAUUAAAUUAUUAGAGGAUCAAAAUGCACAAGUACGUGAUGCUGCCAUGAAUACCCUGGUGGAGAUUUACCGUCAUGUUGGCGAGCGAGUACGUUGUGACUUGGCUAAGAAGGAGUUGCCUCCUGGAAAAUUAACUCAGUUAAAUCAAAGGUUUGACGAUGUGAAAAAAUCUGGUAAUAUGCUUCCAACUGCAGAUGUAGCACCAACCCGUAAAGAUUAUAACAGUGAAGAUGAAACUGAUUUUGUCAAACCAAUGUCCAGAAUGCAUCCUAUCCGUCGUAGCUCAAGUGCGACUGCUCGCAAAUCUUCAGGACUUGCCAAAGCUGUUACAUCAGCAAGGCAAGAGAGCAGUGCUGGCGCAGUGGAUGAAGAAAUAUUCAUCAAGUCAUUUGAAGACAUUAACAAAAUUCAAAUAUAUUCCUGCAAAGACGUCCAAGCUAAUAUCACUAAAGCAAAAGACAUUCUAAGUGACAGCAAUAAUGAUUGGGAAAAAAGAGUUGAAUCGCUCCGUUUGAUACGGGCUUUGUUGUUAUGUGGUGCUGCUGAUUAUGAGGAUUUCUUCUCAAUGUUGCGCACUUUAGAGCCAAGUAUAACCCUCGCCAUCAAAGAUUUGAGAUCUCAGGUUGUCAGAGAGGCCUGUAUCACUACUGCUUAUGUGUGUCAACAGUUGGGCAACAAAGCGGAUCACUUUGCAGAGUCAUUGCUCCCAAGCUUAAUUAGUCUCAUCUCAAAUACUGCCAAAGUGAUGGCCACCUCUGGUGCUGUGUGCAUUCGCUUUUUAAUUCAAUGUACACAUUCUUCCAAAUUUAUACCAAUUUUGACUAGCAAUCUUUCAUCUAAAAAUUUCAUAAUCCGAAGAAUGGUAUGUGAAAGUCUUAAGCAGAUUCUCCUCAGUUGGCCUACACACAUUUUAGAGAAACAUAUUGCAAUUCUACAAGAUGCAAUUAAACGAGGAAUUAGUGAUCCAGAUUCAGAAACCAGGGCACAUUCCAGAAAAGCUUACUGGCAUUUCGCUACUCACUUUCGGGAUCAAGCUGAUGCACUACUGAAUUCUCUGGAUAUGUCCAAGCAGAAAGUCCUUCAGGGUGAGCUGAGCAAUUCUUCCAGCAACAACUCGCUGAACAGCGCAGACUCCCUGAAACUUCCUGCAUCCAGAUCACGCUCAGCCAGCCAGGACCGCAUUGGUUUUGAUUCCUUAAGUCGUGGUGGAACUCGUCGGUCGGUCACUUCCAAAGCUGCUCCCAGCCCACGACCAGAUGCAACAAAGGCUAGCAGCUCGGGUGGGAUAGUGCGCUCUAGUAGUGAAGUAGAUCUGGCAGGCUCCAAGCGUCUCUACUCCUCCUCCUCUUCAAUAUCACGAGCUACAGCACUUAGACUUACUCCAGGAGCCACUCACUCACUACCCCGUCACAAGUCGACCAGUAAUGCUAGCAGCUCCAUAUCAGGUCUGGUAUCUCCUGAACGAGGGCGCACACGGUCAAGGAUAGGGGUGUCCCAAUCCCAACCGAGCAGUCGCUCUGGGUCUCCGUCCUCACGGGUGGGCCAUCUUCAUCAUGGUACCUCCCAUUCAACCCACCAUGCUGUCAGCACACCAAAAGCCCGACGUUCUGCAAUACCCCGUAGUCAAGGCACUAGUAGAGAAACUAGUCCCAGUAGGUCUACUUACGGUCGGGAAAGACGACUAAGUGGAAGCAGAAUUUCGACAUUGCAAAAGCCUAAUGUGAUCUCCCAACGGAUGCUUCGUCCAGGUUCAGAUUCAGAAGCAGCAAUUGCUGAUGCUUUGGGAGAUAUAACUCAACGAGGCUUCAGCCAGCUGACACACUCCAAAUUUCAUCUCCAGCAACAGUUGUCUUUACGGAAACGAUAUGAAAGCUAUGAUUCAGAUGAUGCAGGAAGUGAAACUUCCAGCUUAUGUUCAGAACGCUCUUUCAGCUCAUAUAGUCGUACAUCUGAAGAUGUGUAUGAAAUCAUAUGUAGCCUCUCCAGUAGCUCUCAUACUGACCGCAAGGAAGGCCUUUAUGGACUCAAAAAUGUGCUGAUUGGGGCUCGCAUUUUAAAUCGGGUUGAACUUAGAAAAGUAACUGAGAUCUUCACACGAAUGUUCCACGACCCUAGUAACAAGGUUCUCAGUAUAUUCUUGGAUGUCUUGGUGCUUCUAAUUACUGUACACCGGCAGGAACUUAAUGAUUGGCUUAACACACUGCUCACUAAACUUCUUAAUAAGACUGGUACUGAUGUGUUGGGAUCGAUUCAAGCCAAAAUCCAAAAGGCUUUAGAAACAGUUCGAGAGUGUUUUCCAUGCAGUCUUCAAUUUAGUAUUGUAACAAGGUUUUGCAUUGACCAAACACAGUCUCCAAAUCUGAAGGUGAAAGCAGCCGUGUUGCAAUACAUGCAUGCACUAAUACUCUUGAUGGAUCCUUCAGAUUUCAACAACUCUAGUGAUUCUCGUUUAGCUGUAUCCCGAAUUAUCACUUGGACGACAGAACCCAAGAGUGCAGAUGUCAGGAAGGCGGCACAGGCAGUUUUAAUUGCUUUAUUUAAUCUUAACACAGCUGAAUUUUCAAUGAUGUUAUCUAUUCUUCCAAAAGCAUUCCAGCAAAGUUUUUGGUCUAACCCAGCUCUCGUAGUAACUACUAUCGGCUCACUUGGCCAAAAUCUGAAUAGACGCCACUCACACACUCAAAUGGAUGGUGCUACAAAGAUUUUGCACAAUCAUGUCAAAAAUGCUAGUUCUCAUUCUGAUUCUGAUGUACUUUCUCCACGAAAUGCUACAAGUCCUGUCUCGCGGUUACGUCCGCCAUCUAGAUCUGGAGAACCUGAUGAAUAUGAAACUGAGAACAUGAAUCCUCAAGAUAUUUAUAACUCUAUAAGGAAAACAUCUGCAGAUAUUCAGAACCUCAGCUACAAUAGCAAGAUGGAUCACUUUGAUGAUGUGAAAAAGAAGAAAGAAUUCACCUCACAAGACAGUGGCAUUCAGGAUUUGCGUAAUGACAGUCCCGAUGUUGCUGAUCCACGUAAGACUGUCUACAACCCAACCCAUUACCAAGAUGAGCCUACACUCAAUGGAUAUAACAGGACAACUACAAUUUCAGGAGCCAUGCUGGAUAUGGAAAAUGAGUUAUUUAAUGAAGGCACCCAUCAUGACCAAGAUGAGCAAAUUCAAGAAAUUCUUACAGAGCUUUCUAAUCACAAUUCGAGAAAUGAAGAAAGGAAAAAUGCAAUGCAUUCUUUAAUGAAACUUGCUGUUGAUGGAAAAGUAGAAUUAUGGGACAAGCAUUUCAAACCAGUUUUGUUGAUCCUCCUUGAAACCUUAGCUGAUGAUGAUUAUAAAAUCAGGGGCUUGACACUGUGUGUGCUGCGUGACAUUUUACACAACCAACCUGCUCAGUUUAAAGACUAUGCUGAAUUAACAAUUCUUAAAAUUUUAGAAUCUCACAAAGAUCCUAUCAGAGAGGUUGUGAAAGCUGCAGAAGAAUGUGCAGGAACACUGGCUAAUGUUAUUCCACCAGAGCAGAGUAUUCGGAUUCUGAAUCCUUUGAUUCUCAGCUCUGAGUAUCCAGUUAUUUUAGCUGCCAUUAAAAUGCAAAAUAAGGUUAUAGAACUUCUUCCAAAAGAAGAGUUAGAAAAUUCACUACAAGAAAUUGUUCCUGGUUUACUGAAAAGCUAUGAUGAUUCUGAGAGUACAGUUCGCAAGGCUAGUGUAUUCUGCUUGGUGUCCAUUUACAUGACAGUUGGUGACAAUUUGCGACCCUAUUUGAGUGAGCUGAACUAUAGUAAGAUGAAAUUGCUGAAACUCUACAUAAAACGUGCACAGUCACAAAAGGAAGGUGCAAAAGGCUCUAAAUCUCCACUGGCCACUGCCGACACAUGA